CCGUCUCCUCUCUCUUCUGCAACACCACCAACCACUACCACCACUACUGCUACCACCCUUUCCCCCUCCCCCCAGAACAACUCCACCACCACUGCUGCUGCCUCUGCCCAGCUGCCUCUGUCCAGGUACGAGCCACGUCCCUCCCCCAUGACUGCGCCCCUAGCCCGUAAUCACAGCACCGUGGGCGUGGCGCAGGUCGCAGCUCAGCCGCAGUCGUUGCAGCACGACCCCCGUUGCGGUCAUGGUGCCCGCCAGCCAUAA